AUGAGUGUGAUGCCGGCUCUAGACGCCUCCUCCGCCUCGGUGUGUCCUCCGGAGCAGCUGCUGAACUGGGUCCGUCUGUCUCUGCGAGACUCUCCCAACGGCGCUUUCGACGCCUUCAGACCCGAGUGGAGCUCCGCGCUCAGGUCCGGCUCACUCAGCGACCUGCUGCAGGUCCAGCGCGGUGAGACUCUGAGUGUUGGUCAGUAUGAAGACUUGUCUCCCUGCGGCUCCAUCAGCAACAUUGUGGAAGGACUGAGUUCUCUGACUGACCACUUCUGCGAACUCUCGCUGACGUCUGAACCCCGAAAACCCUGCAAGAGGCCACCACCCAACUACCUGUGCCACCUGUGUUUCAACAAGGGCCAUUACAUAAAAGACUGUCCUCAGGCCCGUCCGAAAGGUGAAGGCCUGACUCCGUAUCAGGGGAAGAAGCGCUGUUUCGGUGAAUAUAAAUGCCCCAAGUGUAAGAGGAAGUGGAUGAGCGGAAACUCGUGGGCGAACAUGGGGCAGGAGUGCAUCAAAUGCCACAUCAACGUUUACCCACACAAACAGCGCCCCCUGGAGAAGCCUGAUGGUCUGGACGUGUCUGACCAGAGUAAGGAGCACCCUCAGCACCUGUGUGAGAAGUGUAAGGUGCUGGGCUACUACUGCCGUAGAGUCCAGUAACACACUUACCUGACCUAUAACCAUGCUCACCUGGGAGCAGAACAACACCUGACCCAGA